AUGGAUUUUUCAUCGACAUUCAGGAUCCGGCACAAGGACCCGCAUAACAUCAAAAGGAUUUUGGAAGUAGAUAGAGACCAUAGAGAUGAUUCGCAGACGACCUAUAACGCAGAGGACGGUGCUGUGGUUGUGAAUAUAUCGUGCUCAAGUUUCACCUCACUCAAAAAAUCUACGUAUGAUUUAUUUAAAAAGCUAUCGCUGAUAGAAGAAACUACUCAGGUGAUUGAGAGACACAAAUAA